CCCCGUGUGCAGGCGUUCACGUGAAGCGCUGUUAAUCGUGAUUUCUGAAUAGUUCUUCAAACAGUUGUUUAGCAUGCAUUUAACUCACAAUCUAGAGCUUUUUCCCGACCAAAGAGUGACUCAAAUGCUUUUCAAGGACGUUAAAAAUGCCGCAGAGUUGAGACAGAGUGCCAUGGCGGGUAAAAUAAAUGGUGCCUUGAUCAACCCAACGAUGUUGGUGAACUCUUUCCAAGUGCUGGUAGCUGCCAACAAGGCUGUAAACUUACAGAAAAUUGGAAAAAUGAAGACAAGAAGUUUAUACUCAGAAAUAAUCUUCAACCUGUCACCUACUAAUAAUAUCUCAGAGGCGUUUAAAAGGUUUGGGAUCUCUGAUGGCAGUGACUCUGUCCUGGUGGUCCUGGUUCACAGGGAAGAUGAGUCCCAGCUUCUGUCGGACAUCGCAGCCAGGGUGAACGGACAGCAGGUUCCAGUGGACGAUGUCUCCUCGCUGUCAGACCAGGCACAAAUCAGAAAGCUGUAUAAAGUCACUCCCCAGGAGGAGAAGUGUGGGACUCUGCUGGACGCAGUUGUAUGCAGGAUGGCCACCAAGGAUGUCAUGUAGCUGCAACCGGAAAAUGGACCAGAACAGGACUUUUUAAGAAAUUACUGCUUUUUUCAUAUGAGAUGUUUGUUUCUGUCGUUGAUGUUAUUCCACCACAUUGUGACGUCCCACAACUGCAAACAUUGUCUUUGUGCACUCCACGCAAACUGAAACCGUUAAAGUCACAUUUUAUGAACCUCAAGCUUGUUUUUCAAGAAUCAUUUCAUGGACUUUCCUUUCCUCUUUCCAUUUCUUUUUGACUAUAAGACUCUGACAGAUGUGGAGAAGUUUGAGAGGUGGUUGAGGAAUCGUGUCAUUUUUUUAUUUAACAUCAUCUCGAGUUCCUGCAGCAACUUUUCAUGCUUCUCAGUCUUUCCUUUGAACCUUUUUCGGUGGCAGUAAUUUUUCUCUCUGAAAGUUGAAGGUGGGCUCUGAGGUUUCUGACAGCAGGGGACAGUGAUGUAAAGCUGGUCUCAUGCCAGAAAUCUGUGAAUAAUGAAUCCAAACUGCUCUGGGCCAAAAAAAAAACAAAAAAAAAACAGUCAGAUCUCAAGAUGAUUAAAAGAAUACAUCCACACCCACAA